AUGGCAACAGGGACAACCCUCAGGGCUGAGCAGUGGGAGUCAGAUGAUGCUUUCCUGUCCUCCGCCCAGAGCCACCAAUCAGAAGCCGACAGAGACCACUGCAGAGCCAUGGGGCUGUAUUUCAAAGAGCUUUCUACGGCUUUUUUGGACACAUUCUGUGAGAGAACAGAGAAGUCACUGUACCUAGCACAAUGGCUAUUGAUAAAAACAGACACUUACGGGGGUGGUGAAAACAGUGACACAUCUCCUGCUUCCCCUGGCUCAGCACAGCCCAGGCUCUGGGACCUCUUGGCUCACAUAAAGCAAAGCCAGGCAGAGGGCACCAAGAAUCAGCACUGUCGUCCUCCUUGCUAA